UUUUUCCUGCCCCAUUUCCCUCUCUUUCCCUGCCCCAUUUCUCUCUUUCCCUGCCCCAUUUCUCUCUUUUCCUCCCAUUUUCCCUCAUUUUUGUCCUUUUCCCCAGGCUCCCCCGGACGAUGGCAUUUACUGGCAGGUCAACCUGGAGCGUUUCCACCAGCACUUCCGUGACCAGGCUCUGGUCAGCGCCGUGGCCAGCCGCAUGGACCAGACCAGCAGCGAGGUGGUGCGCACGAUGCUGCGCAUGAGCGAGGUGACCACGGCCUCGGGUGCCUCCCACACCCAGCCCCUCUCCUCCAACGAGAUUUUCAGAUCUCUUCCGGCUGGGUACAACAUUGGGAAGCAGGUGCUGGAUCAGUACCUGGCGCUCCUGGCCGACGAUCCGUUGGAGUUUGUGGGGAAAUCAGGGGACAGUGGAGGGGGCACCUACACUGUCAACCUGCACAAAGCCCUGGUGUCCCUGGCCACGGCCACGCUGGAGUCCAUCGUGGAGGAGAGGUUCGGCUCCCGCUGCGCCCGGAUAUUCCGGCUGCUCCUGCGCAAGAAGCACCUGGAGCAGAAGCAGGUGGAGGAUUUUGCCAUGAUCCCAGCCAAGGAAGCCAAGGACAUGCUCUACAGGAUGCUCUCAGAGAACCUGGUGACCUUGCAGGAGAUUCCCAAGACCCCAGACCAUGCUCCAUCCCGCACCUUUUACCUGUACACGGUGAACACGAUGGCUGCUGCUCGGAUGCUGCUUCACAGAUGCUACAAGAGCGUGGCUAACCUGAUGGAGCGGCGGCAGCACGAGAUGCGCGAGAACAAGAGGCUCCUGGAGAAGUCCCAGCGGGUGGAGGCCAUCCUGGCCUCCAUGCAGGCCACGGGGGCCGAGGCAGCGCAGCUGCACGAGGUGGAGGAGAUGAUCACGGGUCCCGAGAGGCAGCAGCUGGAAAACCUGAAACGCAACGUCAACAAGAUCGACGCCAGUGAGAACCAGGUGGAUGAGACCAUCUUUGUGCUGGAGGCGUUCAUCGAGAGCACCGCCAAGAGGCCGUGAGAGAGCGGGAGGAGAACAGGGGCACGGACAGCACGAGGGGUGGGACGAGGGUGGGGACAGGGAGCACAUGCCCCUGCCCACAGUGCCUGCACGGCUGAGCAGAAUAAAGGACAUUUGCA